AUGUUCACACAAAUACCUGCGAUAAUACUAAAGUAUUCAGGCUACAUGAAAAUGACUGCUAAUUGUAAGACCGCUGAUCAAGAAUCGAGUACCAACGGAGAUAUUCAGUCCACUACAUUUCAAAAUGACGACCAUGCUAAUCAGCCACGAGAUCCCCAUACAAUGGGAAAGAAAAUAAAUGACUACCAGGCACUUAUGAGUUUAAUCAAGGGUAAUAUUGGCACUGGGAUACUUUCUAUGCCGGUUGUUAUAAGAUAUGCUGGUCUGUGGACUGGGUUUACUAUGAUCAUAGCAUCCGGGAUAUUGUCAACUUACUUAAUGCAUGUUCUUUUGAGAACUGCGAAUGCAGUUCAGCAAAGACAUAAUUGGGAUAGAUCGAAGAUGGAUUAUGCGGAGACUGCAUUUUUAGUGCUCAAAUAUGGUCCAGAAAGAUUAACAAAGUUCAAGGGAAAGUUAAAACAUACGGUCAAUGGAUUUUUAAUUUUGACACAAGUUGGGACUUGUUGUGUGUACACCCUAUUUAUUACGGAAAAUAUUCGAUAUUUUUUAGUGUCCUUCUUUCCAUAUCUAACUCUCAAUGUGUAUCUAGUGGGGUUUAUUGUUUGUCUAAUAUUAAUUCUAAUGAAUUUUAAAAGUAGUAUGCGGGUAGUUACCUAUUUAUCCGGUUUGGCUAAUGUAUGCACUGCAAUUGGUAUGAUAUUAAUAUUCGUCUAUUUAUUCUCAUCUGGAUUGCAUUCAAUAUAUGAAUUUCCAGCUAUCACCAAUUUCAAUGGUCUACUAAUUGCAUUUAGUAUUGUCAUGUUUUCAUUUGAAGGAAUUAGUCUGGUAUUACCUCUUCAAAGUAAAAUGAUUGAUCCUACUAGAUAUGGUUUACCAUUUGGUGUUUUAACUACUGGCAUGAUUAUUGUUAUCUGUAUGAAUGUAGCUGUUGGAUUUUAUGGAUUUUUAAAAUUUGGUGAAGAAUCUGAAGGAAGUAUUACGUUAAAUAUACCUCAAGUGCCUUAUUGGUUUGCUCCAGUUAAACCGUUGUUUAUCAUAGCAAUGUUUGUCAGUUAUUUAUUACAAUAUUAUGUACCAGCGCAAAUAUUCAGUCGAUUAAUGGAGAAAUUAACAUGUCAUCGUGACGCAUCGGAUCGUCGACGAUAUAUUAAUUUGAAAUUAAUGCGAAUUGGUAUGGUUAUAUUCUCAUACGGAGCAGCUGUUUUAAUCCCUCGAUUAGAUCUAUUAUUAUCAUUGAUUGGAUCAUUGGCUGGAUCAACACUUGCUUUCAUAUUACCUGCAACUUUAGAAAUAAUUUUCUUAUGGUCUGAUCGUCAACAAAUCUCAUGGUUUUGGUUAACAGUAUUUACUAAACAUAUAAUCUUUAUAUCAAUUGGUCUGUUGAGUUGUUUCGGUGGUUUGAUUGCUACAAUUAUACAAAUUAUUAAAGCAUUCCACUCUAAAUAA